AUGGUGACAAUAAAUUCUCCUAAAUCGGAUAUAUUUUCCAUUGAUGCAAAUCAUGAAAAAGUAGCAGUUUCUAUUGAGAAAUCUGCUGAAACUAUUGGUAAAAUAGAAAAUGUUGAAGAAAAAAAUGAUGCAUCACUAUCGAUCUUCAAUAGAUGUUGGAAAUGGAUAAAUACAUAUGUGAAUAAAUUUCGUGGUUUGCAUGAACAGCGACCAAAACGCCUACCAUGGCGAGAACAUUUAUGGAGUUUUAUUGGAGCAUUUGUCAGUAUCGCAACUAUUGCAUUUUUUCAUUUCAAAUUACUCGCGCAACAUCAACAAUCGUUUUUAAUUGGAUCAUUUGGUGCUUCCGCAGUCAUAGUAUUUGGUACUCCCCAUACUCCACCAGCUCAACCUCGAAAUUUAAUUUGUGGUCAUUUGAUAGGUGCUUUAUGUGGAUGCAUAGCUCGAGUAGCAAUUUAUCAAUAUGAAAACUCAAUAGGAUGUGCUAUAGCAGUUGCUACAAGUAUUGUACUAAUGCAAUUCACAGAAACAAGUCAUCCACCAGGUGGCGCAACAGCUCUAAUAGCUGUGACAUCUGAACGAAUUUUGCCUUGGGCAAAUUUUCAAUUUAUUCUAAUGCCAGCUCUUAGUGGCGCUUUUACAAUGUUGUUAGUUGCAUUAAUUGUUAAUAAUAUGGCACAUAAACGAGCAUAUCCUACUUUUUGGUGGUAA